CAUGUGAUCCGGAAGAGUCGCCGCCUCUCUUGUUUUUCUCCGGGAGGAACGCAGCUGAACGGCUGACUCGACAACUAGCCAGCUAGCUGUGGCAAGUUAGGAGUGAAGAACUGUCGGCCUCAGAGUAGUAAAGCCACCGUUUUCAAUGCAGGCAGCUCGAAGUGCUCCCUGACGUGUGAAACACGGGACAAGCGGGUCCGACAAGCGCACACCGAUGACGUCAUGCUAAAUGCGACGAAGAGCUGUCUUCUCCACGCUGUUAGGCAGGAGCUAGGGGCUGCGUGUUUUUUAAACUCUCCUUUCUUUGCUCCGUUUAUCUUAAAACAUGGAGAACAAGGGCGGGACUUCCACCGGCAAGAAGCCCAAACCCACGAAGAUGGACGACAGCACCGACCCCGUCAAAAACUUCGAGAAAUGGAAGAAAAAAUACAACAAGACAAAAGCCGAAGUGAAGCGAGAGCGCGCGCAGCAGAAGAAGCCCGAGUGGCAGGUCGAGAGGGAGUACAUCGAUAAGCUCGUGAGCAGGUACGGUGACAUCAACGCGAAGGAGGCGAUCCGGUUUUCAGACUUCCCCAUCUCAAAGAAGACCUUGCAGGGUUUGCAGGGGGGUCAGUACCGGCAGCCCACGGAGAUUCAGAGGCAGACGAUCGGCUUCGCGUUGCUCGGGAAAGACGUCCUCGGCGCGGCCAAGACCGGCUCCGGGAAGACUUUAGCCUUCCUCAUACCUGUGCUGGAGUGUCUGUACCGCCACCAGUGGAGCUCCAUGGACGGCCUCGGCGCUCUCAUCAUAUCCCCCACCAGAGAGCUCGCCUACCAGACCUUCGAAGUGCUCCGCAAGGUGGGCAAGAACCACGAGUUCUCCGCGGGGCUCAUCAUCGGCGGCAAGGACCUCGCGGUCGAGUCGGAGAGGAUCCACCGCACCAACAUCGUCGUCUGCACGCCGGGCCGGCUGCUCCAGCACAUGGACGAGACGGCGACCUUCCACGCCUCUGACCUCCACAUGCUGGUCCUGGACGAGGCUGACCGCAUCCUGGACAUGGGUUUCGCAGACACGAUCAACGCCAUCGUGGAGAACCUGCCCAAGUCCCGGCAGACGCUGCUGUUCUCCGCCACGCAGACCAAGUCGGUCAAAGACCUAGCCCGGCUCAGCCUCAAAGACCCAGAGUACGUGUGGGUCCACGAGAAGGCCAAGUUCAGCACGCCGGCCACCCUGGAGCAGAGCUACGUUGUGUGCGAUCUCCACCAGAAGGUCAACAUGCUUUACUCAUUCAUCAAGAGCCACCUGCGGAAGAAGGUAAUCGUCUUCUUCGCCUGCUGCAAGGAGGUCCAGUACCUGUACCGGGUCCUCUGCCGCCUCAGACCCGGCAUGCCGAUCCUGGCGCUGCACGGCAAGCAGCAGCAGAUGAAGCGGGUGGAAGUCUACAACGACUUCCUCAGGAAGCAGAACGCCGUGCUCUUCGCCACUGACAUCGCCGCCAGGGGCCUGGACUUCCCCACGGUCAACUGGGUGCUGCAGUUUGACUGCCCGGAGGACGGGGACACCUACAUCCAUCGGGUGGGCCGGACCGCCCGGUACAAGGAGGGCGGGGAGGCACUGCUGCUGCUGCUCCCCUCGGAAGAGAAGGGCAUGGUGGGCCAGCUGCAAGAGAAGAAGGUGCCCAUCAAUAAGAUCCAGGUGAACCCGGACAAGCUGCAGAAUAUCCAGCAGAAGCUGGAGGCCUUCCUCGCCCAGGAGAAGGAGCAGAAGGAAAGGGCUCAGAGGUGCUUCGUCUCCUACCUGCGCUCCAUCUACCUGAUGAAGAACAAGGAGGUGUUUGACGUCUUCAAGCUCCAGCUCCAGGAAUACGCCAUCUCCCUGGGCCUCGCCGUGGCCCCGAGGGUGCGCUUCCUGAGCAAAGCUCAGACACAGAGAGCUGGGAAAGAGAGGCAGAGAGAGGAGGAGCAGUCUGAAGGGGAGGACGAGCUGAGGAGCUUCAAGGCCCAGCUGAAAGGAGGUGUCCCUCAGGAGGAAAGUCAGAACUCAGAUUCAGGCGACGAUGAGGAGAGCGGUAACGAAGGAGAGGCACUCCAUCUGGGUGCAGACGACGACGAAAGUGACAACGAUCUAAGAGACCUGGACCUGCUGACCGUCAAGAGAAAAGACGUCUUCAACCUGGCGGGGGACACAGAGAUUUCAGAGGAGGAAGAGGAGGUUUUCAAAAAGAAAACGGAAAAAGAGACAAAGUUCAAAGAAGCCAAAAAGACCCUCAAGAGAAACUUCCAAGUGAACACCAAAGUGGCGUUCAGCGAGGAAGGGGAGGCCGUGCAGCUGUGGCCUCCGGUCCAGCGGGCAGUGACCGAGGAAGAAGGGGAGGAUGAGGAGACUUCGGGUAUCGAUGUGCAGAAGGCCAGGGAGAGGCUGAAACGGGAGGACCAGGCAUUCGACAAGCAGGAGUACAGCCGCAAGGUGAAAGCCAAACACAGGGAGCAGAGGCUGAAGGGGAAGGCGGCCAGGAGGGAGGCCAGCAGGCAAGGCCGCACAUCUGACGACGAGGAGGACGAGGUGAUGGCGUACCUGUCCAACAACAGCGAAGACGAGUUUGACCCCAGCACCCUGCCGGACCCCGACAAACUGCCCGCCGGAGAGGAGGAUGAGGUGACGGCAGCCAAACGGCAGCACAGUGACGACGAGGAGGAGGAGGAG